AUGGUCAAUCUCGACAAUUACCUUUGCUCCACGCUGCGACGCAUGGCCAUUGACAGGGGAAUGGCCAACGCGCACAAGGCCAAAAAAAUCGGGCUUAUUCAGUUUCUCGAAUCGCAUACAGAGGAUGCUCCUGAAGCAGUGGCAAUCGAGCCCGCGCCUCGUAAUUCUCAAGGCCCCGCUCCUCCUCAGCCUGAUCACAUUGACCAGGACGGCAUGCACGCCAUGGCUUCUCGCGUUGCUGCUUUGGAAACGGUCAUUCAAGGACUCGCUGACCGAUUGUCUCAGAUCGCUCCGACUGAUACUCGACCCCUGGACCCAAGGGUCAUGAUGGACGCUUUUGGGGCUGCUCUCAGUGGUAUUGGUGCCACGACUCUCGAAGCUGUCAUGGAAUUGGCUCCUCACGUAUCACAGGAUCUCGUCCGCCUGAUAGCGUCAAGGAGGUUACCAGUCUGGGAAUUCUGGAGAUUGGAUCCUGAGAAGGUGACGGUGGUUCAGAAGGCACGCCCAUACGACCCCGAGCAGGAUCAAGAACAGAGUUUCGACGCCGCCAGAACCCGGUACAGAACAUUUGGUGACAUCCUUCGACCAUGGCUUAUCUACGCCUUGGUACGAGAUUGCCUCGUCUCUGGUCAAGGCCGAUACCUCAUCAUGCACCUGUACGAAAUCUUACGCGUGGUCGAAUCUACUCGGGCUGGUCCUCAUAAAUUCGCGUCGAUCCUCAAUUGGCAUUUCAAAGUCGUGGAAGAAAGGUUGAAUCACGGAGACGACAACUUUGACGAGAGAGUCUGGAUUCGACCAGACCCCGAGGCGAUCAAUCGAUAUGUCACCAAUUACGCGCCUUCUCCCCAACGUCUACCUGUCACGCCGGAAACGCCUGUGCCGCAGACGAAUCGGACCUUUCAACGUCCCAAUCUACCUUGGCGAGCAGAACAAUAUGGAUCAUUGACAAGCGACGAUAUCUGCCAUCGCUACAAUCUCAGACAAGAGUGCCCCGGACCUCUCUGUAUCUUCCGCCACGCUUGCUCUGGGUGUGGCAAGGAUCUCCGCCCUGUGGUCGACUGUGAUUGCCAGCACAGCGCUUUGCAGAAUUUGAAUAACUCGACGGAACCUGUAGCAUCUGGUUCGGGAUCAGGAGACGGCUCUGGAAGUGGAUCGGGAUCGAGCAGCUUCAUGGAGACCAACACUGUCUCGCGCCCGGGGCCGUCGUCUACCGUGUUGCACACAGGACGUUUACCGCCAAAACCGUUCGCAGGACCCUGGCCGUCCAUCUGA